UUCACCAUGCAAGAGGUUCGAGAGAUCCGGAGCUCUUCUCCGACCAGACUCAACAUGCUGGGCAUCGCCAGCAUGAUGCAUAGAGAAGCACUCUUCCCUAGGAAGCAGUCUACAGACCAUCUGUCUUCGAUUCCAAGAUCUCUGCUCCACCCACAAACCCCUCCUGACUCAACCUCAGGCAGUCCGAUCGUCAAACCCGAGGGGUCUUUCUCAACUGCUUCAAGCAUCUCUCGAGAGUGCUCUCCAAUCCCUCGUUUGACCCGCCUAAACUCAUACGCCAACCCUUCUCCCAUUAAGUUGCCUAGUCUCGAAGAAUUCGACCAAGGCGUUGACGCCAUCGCACGAUCGUAUGGAUCAACACGGUCCUGGACUCCCCCUUCACCUCUUCCUAGCUUGCGUCGCGGCUCCAUACUUCCUCAGCCACUGCCAUCAAUGUUGGCUUUCUCAAUCCACGAGCCCACUUACCCAAACUACGCCAUUAGCAGUGACUUCUGCCCUUCAAGGAUGGACGGCUAUCCCAGCCCACCUCCAGACAGCGAAGGGCGGCACAUCAACCAGAAGUACACCACAGAAGAGGGAGAUUUCAUCAUCUACGCCUGGCACGACAGGAAGCUCAAAUGGCAGCGUAUUAAGCAAGACUUUGCGAGCAUGUUUGGCCGCACACCAGAAAGGACUGUUCAAGGCCUUCAGGCCUGGUACUACCGCAUGAACCAGCGUAUCCCCCUCUGGGAUGAUGAUGGCUGGCUCAUCUUUGACAAUGACGAUGACAUGGAGCCGAAACACAUCAGCAUCAAGUGCCGAGAGAGAGACACGCAGGACCGACCUAUGGAGCCCUUAGGGCUUGCCCAGCGGUACCCUGAACGAGCCAUCCACUACUCCUGGGUCGACGCCGAAACAAAGCGCAAGUGUCGCGACUGGGCUUCCAAACGAGCCUUGCAGUUCCGUGAACGCAGAGAGCGGCGAAAGAGAAAGGAGCAGAGACGCCUAAAAAUCUAA